AUGGCCGAGCUCUACCCAUCACUCACGCAAUGCGCCAUUGUGGCUGCAGCGUUCAAGGUUCUGUUAUUUCCGGCAUAUAAAUCGACCGACUUUGAGGUACACCGAAAUUGGCUGGCCAUCACGCACUCCCUACCGAUCACAGAAUGGUAUUAUGAGAAAACCUCGGAAUGGACGCUCGACUACCCGCCCUUCUUCGCGGCAUUCGAAUGGCUUAUGUCUCAGGCUGCGGCAUGGAUAGAUCCAGCAAUGCUGAUGGUCAACAAUCUCAACUAUGAUUCGUGGCAGACGAUAUACUUUCAAAGGUCAACUGUCCUUGUGACAGAGCUAGUCCUCGUCUACGCGCUGAGCAGGUUCAUCAAAUCGUCCUCUUUGGCGAAUAAGCCCGCAGCUCAUGUCGCAAGUCUCUCAAUUUUGUUAUCGCCCGGCCUUUUGAUCAUUGAUCAUAUUCACUUCCAAUACAAUGGCUUCAUGUAUGGAAUUCUCAUCCUAUCGCUCGUACUGGCUCGAAAGCAACUGCUCGCUAGUGGAUUUUUGUUCGCAGCCUUGCUCUGCUUCAAACACAUCUAUCUUUACCUGUCUUUGGCAUACUUUGUCUACCUUCUUCGUGCCUACUGCUUGGAUCCAAAGAAUGUGUUGCGCCCACGAGUGCUUAACACUAUCAAGCUGGGAAUCUGUGUCGUCGGGGUUUUUGCAAUUGCAUUCGGCCCAUUUGUGGAUCAACUACCACAAGUCAAAGAUCGCCUUUUUCCUUUCUCGAGAGGGUUGUGUCACGCCUACUGGGCACCCAACUUCUGGGCUAUUUACUCCUUUGUGGACCGUGUCUUGAUCACAGUCGCUCCUCGUCUUCAUCUUUCAAUUAAUCAAGAGGCUCUCAGCAGUGUGACACGAGGGCUCGUGGGAGAUACCUCUUUCGCCAUCCUUCCCGAAGUCACCAAGGAGAUGACUUUUGGUCUGACGUUUAUCUUUCAGCUAAUUCCCUUGGUGAAGCUUUGGGUUCGUCCAGACUGGGACACUUUCAUCGGUGCCAUCACCCUUUGUGGAUAUGCCUCAUUCCUAUUUGGGUGGCAUGUCCAUGAGAAGGCCGUCCUUUUGAUCAUCAUUCCUUUCAGCUUGAUUGCCCUCAAAGACCGACGGCACUUCUCGGCGUUUCGUCCGCUCGCAGUGGCGGGACAUGUAUCCUUGUUCCCGCUGCUUUUCACGCCCGCGGAAUUCCCACUCAAGACCGUCUACACGACUUUCUGGCUUGUUCUCUUCCUGUUCGUGUUCGACCGCAUGGUGCCAGUACCAGAACGGCCCCGUGUCUUUCUCUUCGACCGAUUUUCUCUAUUGUAUUUGACUCUUUCGAUCCCUCUUGUCUUGUACUGCUCUAUUGUUCAUCGGUUGGUCUUUGGCUCGCAAAGGUUGCAAUUCCUUCCCUUGAUGUUCAUGAGCAGUUACUCCGCCCUAGGAGUCGUUGGUAGCUGGGUUGGCUUUAUGGUUGUAUAUUUCACAACAUGA